AUGGCUUCCAGAACAGCACAAAAAAGAUUAACAAAAGAGUAUAGGUCGAUUGAUGCCAAUCCUCCUCCAUUCAUAGUUGCUAGACCGAAUGAUGAGAAUAUUUUAGAAUGGCAUUACGUGAUCACUGGUCCUGAUAAUACCCCUUACGAAGACGGCCAAUAUCAUGGUAUAUUAAGAUUCCCAGCAAAUUAUCCAUUCCAACCACCAGCAAUAUCUAUGGUGACACCCAAUGGUAGAUUUUCAUGUAAUACCAGACUUUGUUUAUCCAUGAGUGAUUACCAUCCAGAUACUUGGAAUCCUGCCUGGAGUGUUUCAACGAUAUUAACCGGGUUAUUGAGUUUCAUGACCAGUAAUGAUCCAACUACAGGAUCAAUAAAUACGUCAGAUAGUUUGAAGAGAAAAUUUGCAUCAGAAAGUAAGAAUUGGAAUAAUAAAGAAAAUUCCAGAUUCACUAGGAUCUUCCCCGAAUUAGUCAAACAGAAUGAAUUAGAUCUAAUGAAGAAAACUAUCGAAGAGGAAAAGGAAGAUAUUCCUGAACAAAUAAUCAAUCUAAACGAGAAUCUUCAUUUAUUAGAUCCUGAAGAUAAAGCCAGAUUAUUCGGAGAUGAUGAAAUGAAGUUUAAUUACUCAAGAUUUACAUUUUUUGGCGUCAUAGUUGCUGCUUUAUUUGCUUAUUUGAUUAAGAGUUUAUGA